UCCUGUAGGAUGAUUGCUGUGAUGGUCCCCUUGAUGUUGAGUCUGUUUCUGGGAGCCAUAUUUUCCAUUGGGCCCCUGAUCCCAGCAGCGGCCUUCCAGCUGCCACCCUGCCAGCUUGUCAACCAGACGGUGUCUCUGGAGAAGGAAGGCUGUCCAAAGUGUAUUCCAGUUGAAACAACCAUCUGCAGUGGUCAUUGCAUCACCAAGGACCCUGUCAUCAAAACCCCAUUCAGUAAUAUCUAUCAACAUGUCUGCACAUACCGGGACUUCUACUAUAAGACAUUUGAGCUCCCUGACUGUCUUCCUGGUGUUGACCCGAUUGUCACCUACCCCGUGGCUUUGAGCUGCAACUGUGGCCGCUGUGCCAUGGACACGUCUGACUGCACCUUUGAGAGUCUGCAGCCAAACUUCUGCAUGAAUGAUAUACCUUUCUAUUAUUAGUGUCCAGAAUUAGAGCUAUGAACCACACUAACCACAAACAUAAAAUCUU